AUGGCUUCUCCAGCAUCUGUGGGGACAGUGGCUCUGUGGCUUUCUCGGGCUUGCCCACUCCUCGCCCUCCUGCUGGCCCGCCUGGCCCCCUGGCCUCCCAGCACCACUGCCAAGGCCAAAGGCCAAGAAGGGCGAAUGCGUCCCAGUCCCCAGCUGUCCCGGCUCGCGGUUCCUGACGAUCUGAGAAGCAGCUCAUUCCCCCAGAACCCCGUUCCGCCCCUGGCCCUGGUCCCUGGCCCCUGCCUUCUUGGCUUCCCCUGCUUGCCCCGGUGUUUGCGCCCCAGCCUUCCAGGCGCACCCCGCGCUGUCUUGAGGCCAGAGCCCCGGUUCCGGGCGGGGCGAGGUAACAGGUUGUGCCGGCCGCGCCGCGGGAACCCUCGGGUUUCUGUUUAUCCCCGGCUCGCCCCUAGGGCCGGGUUCAUCGCUCCCCUGGCGCCCAGCUCGGCCCGGGCUCGGGGAGACCCCCAGAGGCUCGGGGUGCCGUUUCCGGGAUCUCAAAGCCCCCGCGCCCCUGCAGCGCACACAACCACACCUGACUCUCCCAUCCCCCCGCGCAGGUGCAGGACUCCACUCCUGCCCGCCGGACGCGGGUGUCACGUUGGUCCCCGGCCCAGCUGGGGUGUCCGCCCCCAAUCCUCCAUCCCGCUGCCCCACGGCCCGGAGCCCAUUUGGUUUCCCCUUCUCCCGUCGCCGGUCAGCUCCCCGGUCUUCGGGUCCCUCCUACUGCCCACCCGGCCGGCCCACGUCACCCGGGUUCGAAGCCCCUGUCCUCGGCGCCCCCCCGGGCCCUCACCUGCGCUGCCCGCCAGGCUCCCGCCGGUCCCCACGGUCCCGGGUCCCCUCUUCCGGAGGCGAGCCAGCUGGCGCCCUACGGCGCCCCUCCGCUUCCUCUUCCCUCGCCCUCCAGCGCUUGGCCCGGGAGGCCGCUCGGCUUCUGUGUGGAAGUUAUUGCACUUGAAAUGUCCAGGAGCUGCCGGGAAGCCGCACAGACCUCAGUGCCCCCCAAGUCAAGGUGCUGAAGAUGUUGAGAACCACGUGCGCCAGGUGGAGCCCGGCGCGCAGUCCGAGGAGCCGCAAGGGGCGCCGGGUCCUGGGGAGGUGGGGGUGGGGGCGACUACCGCAGCCACGGCCACUGGGCUGAUUCUGGAAAAGCAGAAGCGUGCCCGCCGCGAGGGUACCCGGAGCCGGGAUCCGAAAGAGAAACCGGGGGCGGGCGCGGGAGAUGCCUGGCUUCGCACUUGGAAGGGCCGCCAGCGGGGCCCCGAGUCCAGGCGGCACCUUGGGCCCCUCUCUCGUCUGGCCAUGCGUCCAUGCGCAUCGGGACCUGUGGCCCGGCUCUUGGUGCUGCUGCUCGCGCUGCUGCCGCGCCGGGCGCGCGCUCGGGAGCCCUCAGCGCAGGACGUGAGCUUGGGCGUGGACUGGUUGACCCGCUAUGGCUACCUGCCGCAGCCCGACCCGGCCCAGGCGCAGCUCCAGAGCCUCGAGAAACUGCGGAAUGCCAUUAAGGUCAUGCAGCGCUUUGCGGGGCUGCCUGAGACCGGCCGCAUGGAUGCAAGGACAUUGGCCACCAUGCACAAGCCUCGCUGUUCCUUGCCCGAUGUGAUGGGGGUAGCUGGACUUGUCCGCCGCCGCCGCCGCUAUGCUUUGAGUGGUAGCGUGUGGAAGAAGCGGACCCUGACUUGGAGGGUACAUUCCUUCCCUCAGCGCUCCCAGCUGAACCAGGACACUGUCCGAACCCUCAUGCAAUACGCCCUGAAUGCCUGGGGCGUUGAGUCAGGCCUCAAGUUCCAGGAGCUGGGGCCUCAGGACCCUGAACCCGACAUUCUCAUCGACUUUGCCCGGGCCUACCACCAAGACAGUUACCCCUUCGAUGGACUGGGAGGCACCCUGGCCCAUGCUUUCUUUCCUGGGGAGCACCCCAUUUCUGGGGACACACACUUCGAUGAUGAGGAAGCCUGGACUUAUGGCUCAAGAGAUGGUGAGGGGACAGACCUCUUUGCUGUGGCUGUCCAUGAGUUUGGCCACGCCCUGGGCCUGGGCCACUCCUCAGCACCCGACUCCAUUAUGAGGCCUUUCUACCAGGGCACAGUGGGCCACCCCAGCAAGUACCGGCUGCCCCAUGAUGACCGCGAUGGGCUGCAGCAACUCUACGGCAAAGGACCCCACACCCCACACCUGGAGCCCACCAGAAAGCCCUUGGCCCCUCCUCCACAGCCUAGUCUGCUGCCCCCGGACAGCCCUUCGUCCCCUGUGCCUGAUCGUUGUGAUGGCAAUUUUGAUGCUAUUGCCAACAUCCGAGGUGAAACCUUCUUCUUCAAAGGCCCCUGGUUCUGGCGUGUCCAGCCCUCGGGACAGCUGGUGUCCCCCAGACCUGCGCGCCUGCACCGUUUCUGGGAGGGGCUGCCCGCUCAGGUGAAGGUCAUCCAGGCUGCAUACACCCGACACCAGGAUGGCCGCAUCCUCCUCUUCAGCGGCUCCCGGUUCUGGGUGUUUAAGGACCGGCGUCUGGAAGGCUCUGCACUGCCGCUGACCCAGCUUGGGCUGCCCGCGGGCGAGCAGGUGGACGCCGUGUUCUCGUGGCCGCUGAAUGGGAAGACCUACCUGGUCCGCGGCCAGCAGUACUGGCGGUUUGACGAGGCUGCGGCCAGUCCGGACCCUGGCUACCCGCGCUCCCUCAGCCUCUGGGAGGGGGCGCCCCUCGCCCCCGACGACGUCACCAUCAGCAACGCAGGUGACACCUACUUCUUCAAGGGCGUCCAUUACUGGCGCUUUGCCAAGGGCAGCGUCGUGGCCGAUCCGGACUCCCCCCGCCCCAUGGGGCCUAAGUGGCUGGACUGCCCAGCCCCCAGCGGUGACACCCCCAAAGCGCCCUCCAGGCCAGAAGCUUGCAACUGUCAUUGUGAGAUAAAUCAGGCCGCGGGCCCCCCGCUGCUGCGUCUCCUGCUGCCCCCCCUGGCCCUGCUGGUGUGGGGCGCCUUGUCUUGCUGA